CUCAGGUUACUUAUGUAACCAUGAAUCGCCUCCUGUCUUCCGGGCCACCUGUCAGCCUUAGAACCUGCAGCGCGUUAUUUGACAAGCAAGGGGCUAAGACGACUUCUGAACCUCCUAUUGCACCUCCGGUGUCUGAAGAAGAAGAUGAGGAAGAGGAGGACGAAGAGGAAGAAGAAGAUGAAGACGAUGAUGAUGAGGCUCCACCCAUCAUUGCCCCACGACCUGAGCACACCAAAUCUAUCUUCACUCGCUCUGUUAUUGAGCCAGCUGCACCUCCUGCUUCUGUCAAAGAGGACAUGACCCCUCCAGAGUCUCAAGUACAGCCAGAGAACACGUCCAGUACGCUAUACCGUCACACUGACCGACAGAGGAAGAAAUCCAAGAUGACAGAUGAGGAAAUACUGGAAAAACUCAGAAGCAUUGUUAGCGUUGGCGAUCCUAAGAAGAAAUACACACGUUUUGAGAAAAUAGGACAAGGGGCAUCUGGGACAGUAUACACAGCUAUCGAUAUUGCCACAGGACAAGAGGUGGCAAUUAAACAGAUGAAUCUGCAGCAGCAGCCAAAGAAAGAGCUCAUUAUUAAUGAGAUCCUUGUGAUGAGGGAAAACAAAAACCCCAAUAUAGUCAACUACUUGGAUAGUUAUCUAGUAGGAGAUGAGUUGUGGGUGGUGAUGGAAUAUUUGGCAGGUGGUUCACUUACUGAUGUGGUAACCGAGACAUGCAUGGAUGAGGGACAGAUUGCUGCAGUGUGCAGAGAGUGUCUACAGGCUCUGGAUUUCCUCCAUUCUAAUCAGGUGAUUCAUAGAGAUAUCAAGAGUGAUAACAUUCUGCUGGGCAUGGAUGGUUCAGUGAAACUAACGGAUUUUGGGUUCUGUGCUCAGAUCACACCUGAGCAGAACAAGCGUAGCACCAUGGUGGGCACACCCUACUGGAUGGCCCCAGAAGUCGUAACCCGGAAAGCCUAUGGCCCCAAAGUAGACAUCUGGUCCCUGGGUAUCAUGGCGAUUGAAAUGGUGGAGGGAGAGCCACCAUAUCUGAAUGAGAACCCACUCAGGGCCCUAUAUUUAAUUGCAACAAACGGCACUCCAGAGCUACAAAAUCCUGAGCGGCUAUCCUCAGUGUUUCGAGACUUCCUGAACCACUGUCUGGAGAUGGAUGUAGACCGAAGAGGGUCAGCUAAGGAAUUGUUGCAGCAGGUUUGA